AAAGCAGACUGUGAUAAUGGUUUCUUCCUGACCUUGGACAGGAUGUGAAGUGGCUCCAAUCAAUUACUUCAAUGCCGAUCCUAGUUAAGGGUGUAAUCACUGCCGAGGACACACGGCUUGCUAUUCAGAAUGGAGCAGCUGGUAUUAUCGUAUCUAAUCAUGGUGCUCGCCAGCUUGAUUAUGUCCCUUCUACUAUCAUGGCUCUAGAAGAGGUCGUGAAAGCUGCACAAGGCCGAGUGCCAGUGUUCUUGGAUGGAGGGGUACGGCGUGGAACAGAUGUUUUCAAGGCAUUAGCACUAGGAGCCUCUGGUAUUUUUAUUGGUCGACCUGUGGUCUUCUCAUUGGCAGCUGAAGGAGAAGCCGGUGUGAGAAAAGUACUCCAAAUGUUGCGAGACGAGUUUGAGCUGACUAUGGCAUUGAGUGGCUGCACUUGUCUUAAAGAGAUUACUCGUAGCCACAUUGCGACAGAGUGGGAUGCUCCUCGCGCUCUUCCAGCUGCUCGGUUAUAGAAAUGUGCAUCAAAUGUACGACGGACUUUGAAAUCGACAGAUUUCAAGUUUACAAGAAAAGCUCAUUUUAUUUAAGAAUCCAUAUAUAUGUUGAAAACGAUUUGCCUUUGAAUGCUGAUGGAGUUAUAUAUUUUCAUAAAUGGCCCGAGUUGCCUUUGGUGUA